AUGGCGCUUCAUGGCGCACAACGGUAUGUUGAAGCAAUCGAGGCCUUUCAGAUGAUGCUCGCGAAACUGGCCAGUACUCACAGUAUGCAAAUACGAAAGCUGCGCGACAAGUCUGUCAGUCCCUCUGAAGCAGAAGGUGUCAUUCGAAAGGUCAUAAAUGUCCAGCUUGACUCCGCACCACUUCGCCUGCUCAACACCAACACCGGGCUCUUGUGUGACCGAGAAGCGCAGAUAAGCACCUUCAAGACGACUACAGAGUACAAACAGCUUCUGUUAUCGAUUAUGAAGCAUGCAGACCUCCCAAUGGAGCGCAUCGCAGACCUGGUGGCGAUGUAUUUCCGUUACGUCAUGUUAUCCCAUCGAUGGGGUGAGAAUGAGCCGCUGCUGCACGACAUCCAAGACAAGAUCGUAUACAAGUUGAAUGCAGCCGGUGUCAUGAAGUUACAGUCAUUUUGCAAAGUAGCUCGUCAAGCGGGGUUUCACUGGGCCUGGGUUGACACAUGUUGCAUCGACCAGAAUAACCAUGUCGAGCUCCAAAAGUCACUCAACUCCGCGUUUGCCUGGUAUCAUCGUUCAGCACUCACAGUCGUAUACCUCUCGGAUGUUCCGUCUGCAUCCAAAUCUGGCGCACUAGCUAAGAGUGAAUGGAACACCCGCGGAUGGACCGUCCCGGAAUUCCUCGCUUCUAAAACCAUUCGCUUCUACCAACAGGAUUGGACGCUAUAUCUCGACAACCACUCCCUCAACCACAAGGAAUCUAUGGAGAUCAUGCAUGAGUUGGAGGAUGCGACGGGCAUAGAUGCACGCGCUCUUGUUGCCUUCCAACCGGGGAUGAGAGAUGCCCGAGAGAAACUGCAAUGGGCGUCUUCGCGUGUCACCACUGUACCAGAAGACAUUGCAUACUCAUUGUUUGGUAUAUUCGGCAUCCAACUACCUAUCCUUUAUGGCGAAAAUGCGCAAAAUGCGCUCGGGCGGCUUCUGCAGGAGAUCGUGGCUCGGUCAGGGGACAUCACCGCCCUGGACUGGGUCGGACAACCAUCCGAGUUCAAUAGCUGUCUUCCAGCCGACAUUACCUCCUACGCAGCUCCACCAUGCGCCCCGCCAUACUUAUCUGAAGAUGGGAUCCAGACGGCAGUCUCUUCACUGCAACACACUGUGGCCAUGGAUCAAGCUUCGAAAUUUUACGACCAGCUCGCAAAUUUGAGCUAUCCACGCUUUACGAAUUGCAGGCUCCGUCUGCCUUGCAUCAUAUUUCCUGUCACUGAAGUCAGGCGGAGGGCUGGUACAACCCAAGAGACAUUGUUCACAUACGGAGUCAAGGCAGACGGGCUCGAUGACCUACUGAUCACCACUGACGAGAAGCUGGUACAAUUCUCACGGCUCAGACCAGCUCGACAGACGUUCUUACUUGUCCGUCCUUGGGAUCGUCGCCUCCUUGAGCUACCUGACUUCGUAGAUGAUGCAGAAAGCUUGGGAGGUUGGUCGGAGCCCGAGUCUCUUGACGGCUCGCCUGGAGAAGAGGAGUUGGCUGAUUUGGAGUCUUACUCACAGGCAUUGCGAUUGAUCGCUCGCCUAGGACAGCCGUUUGGCGCAUUUUUGCUUGCCCAACAGCGCACCGGAGAAUACAAGAGGAUCGCAUCGGAUCACGAUAUCAUUGCACAAGUCAAAGAUGUGACAUCUGUGCACAACAUGAUGGACAUCAGGACGCUAGAAAUAUUAUAA